GGUUCGUUUCAUUCGUUUUGGAGACCAUACGAGAAAAUGACCAAUUAUCGAACGGAGUUUAUUCUCACGAUACUUUGAGUGUAAAUUAGUGAUGUGGUAAUGGUCCCGGUAUGUAAAUAUUUUGUGUCCUUGACAGAUGAAAUUCGAAGUUCGAGUGCGUGGUAAAUGGGACCGUGGGGGCCUUGUGAGGUUAGAGGAGGAGGAAGAAAGUCCUGGAAGAGGAUAUAAGAGGAUCUGGGAUUCAACUUGACUGUCAUCGGUUGCUUCUUGAUUUUCAACGAUCGUUUUGGGUGUCGGUUCUGUUUUGUUGUUUUUUUCGUUGGAUCCGAGGACCUGAAAAUAUGGCGUCGUCUGGAAGCGAGGGUGGAGAGGAGUACGGACUGGGGUACCAGAACACUUUGAUGUAUGGUCGCUAUACGAAAGACCUGGGUGAGUACGCAAAGGAAGAGGCACGGAAGCUCAAGUACCAUGAAAAGUCGAGGCGGAGGUACCACAAGACGAGGGAGGAGGACCUCCGGAAAUCCAGGAGAGGACCGCUUUGCAAGAAGCUACUCGCCCUGCUCGCGUUUGCCUGGAAGCACACUGGAGCAAGACUAGGCGAGGACUGGGUCUUCUUGGCCCUUCUUGGCAUCAUCAUGGCGUUGAUCAGCUACGCCAUGGAUCGCGGCAUUUCCAUGUGCAACAACGCCAGGAUAUGGCUUUAUCAGGACCUGACGCAUCAUCCAGCGCUCCAAUACGUCGCCUGGGUGUCCCUGCCAGUCUGCCUGAUCCUCUUCAGCGCUGGAUUCGUUCACAUCGUCGCACCCCAGAGCAUAGGCUCCGGUAUACCGGAAAUGAAGACCAUCCUCAGAGGCGUCGCUCUGAAGGAGUACCUGACCUUCCGCACCCUGAUCGCCAAGGUGAUAGGUCUGACAGCGACCCUAGGCUCAGGUUUGCCCCUGGGCAAAGAGGGUCCGUUCGUGCACAUCGCCAGUAUAGUGGCCACUCUGCUGUCGAAAUUGGUCACCAGCUUCCAAGGGAUCUACGAGAACGAGAGCAGAAACUGUGAGAUGCUCGCUGCUGCCUGCGCUGUCGGAGUCGCAUCCUGUUUCGCCGCCCCUAUAGGCGGUGUCCUCUUCAGCAUCGAGGUAACCACGGUCUACUUCGCGGUACGUAACUACUGGAGGGGAUUCUUCGCUGCUGUAUGCGGCGCUACCAUGUUCCGAUUGCUCGCGAUCUGGUUCCAACGGGAGGAGACCAUCACAGCGAUGUUCGCCACGAAUUUCACCAUGGACUUUCCAUUCGAUCCCCAAGAGCUGUUCGUGUUCGCGUUGAUCGGCGUCGGUAGCGGACUUGGGGGCGCAUUUUACGUCUGGUUGCACAGACAGUAUGUGAUCUUCAUGAGGAAGAACAAGAGCAUGAACAGCUUUCUGCAGAAGAAUCGUUUUCUCUACCCUGGCAUCGUCUCUCUCUUGGUCUCAUCUGUCUCGUUCCCCCUUGGAUUGGGCCAGUUCAUGGCCGGCGAUCUGAACACCCACGACCAGGUGUACGGGCUUUUCACCAAUUUCACCUGGACGAAAGAUGAGUUGGGCGUCGAGGAGAUGAACAUGGUCAAGCACUGGUCAACAGCGUACACGGAUGUGUUCGCUGGACUCCUCGGUUUCGUCGCGUUCACGUUCGUCUUUUCCAUUAUAAGCUCGACGGUCCCCGUGCCAUCGGGAAUCUUCAUACCGGUCUUCAAAAUCGGCGCCGCUUUGGGCAGAGCGGUUGGCGAGGCUAUGGCCUUGUGGUUCCCUAACGGUGUCCGUUAUGGCGGCGUCAUCACUCCUAUCGUGCCAGGGGGAUACGCAACCGUCGGGGCAGCAGCGUUUUCCGGCGCUGUGACCCACACGAUCUCCGUCAGCGUUAUUGUGUUCGAGAUGACCGGCCAGAUCACCCAUAUCGUUCCGAUCAUGAUCGCCGUGCUGAUCAGCAACGCGAUCGCCGCCCUCCUGCAGCCUAGUAUUUACGACAGCAUCAUCCUGAUCAAGAAGCUGCCGUACUUGCCCGAUCUGUUGCCCUCCAGUUCUGGUAUGUACAACGUGUACGUCGAGGACUUCAUGGUCCGUGACGUCCGGUACAUUUGGCACGGGAUCACCUAUCAGAAGCUGAAGGACAUACUGAAGGAGAACCGAAAGCUCCGUGGCUUUCCCCUCGUGGACAAUCCCGACUCGAUGAUCCUACUCGGGUCCAUCCAGAGACUAGAGCUGAUCAAGCUGAUCGAGAAGCACAUAGGACGCGAAAGGAGGCUUCAGGUCGCUCAGAAAUGGCAGAAGGAAGCUGAAGAGAGGGCCAGAGAGGAAAUGGAACGUCAGCUGAGGGACCAGGAGAGAACCAGAAGACCGUCCAGGUUCGAGGUGAUCCCAGCCCCAGACAUACUCAAGAUGCAACGACAGAGUGUGAACGAUCUAACGAUGUCGCCAAACAAUGGCACAGGUCCCGAUCAUCACACCUAUCACUCGCCAGUAUUCGGGUCACAACCGAAGAAAUCGAUCCUGAAGAAGACAAACUCCUUCACGCUGAAAGGGUUCAGCCCAUUGGUCAGUCCAGCUGCUACGCCGUACACCACGGUCACCGGGGCGGAGAGCAGGAUCCGUCUGGCGUUCGAGGCGAUCUUCCGCAAGUCCGCCACUCUGCAGGACGUCGAUCCGGAUCCAGAAUUGGGAUCAGGAGGCGGAGCCAGGCGCGACAGUCAGGAUCGAAUGAACGUGACACCGCACACGCCCAUGUUGGUGCCCAGUCCAGCCACCUCGAAGAAAGUUCAAUUGCCACGUGAGAGGGUGAUUGACAUGUCAGCCGAGGAUCAGAAGCGAUGGGAGGAGAGCGAAAUGUCGCUGGAAGUAGACUUCUCCAGGUGUCACAUCGACCCUGCACCCUUUCAGCUGGUCGAGAGGACGUCACUGUUGAAGGUGCACAGUCUGUUCAGCAUGGUGGGGGUGAAUCAUGCCUAUGUGACUGCUAUCGGGCGGCUGGUUGGGGUUGUGGGCCUGAAAGAGCUGAGGAAAGCGAUAGAGGACGCGAACGCCGGGAUCUUGCCCAUGCACCAGGAGUCCCACAUCGGUGUGUCCUGCUCGAGCCUCGCAAAAAGCGAGACCGACACAGAGAGCAAAGAUGCGAGCACGAUGAACUCGAUCGCCUCGGUUGAGUGUGAGAAAGUGGAGAAAGUCUGAGAUUGCCGGGGAAUGGAUCGAGAGUGUGUGCGAGCGAGAGAGACGGAGCAAAGAUAAGUAGAAGCAAUAAUGUGAUAGUCGCGUCGCUGGCCAGGCAACGCGACCCCGAACGACGGGAGAGUCUUUUAAAUUACAAAACUAUCCUCCUCCUUCCGCGGCUAUUGUAGUCCUUGGAUAAUCGAGCAAAACAAGUCACUAGGUAGAUCGCUUUCGAACGCUCUUCUCGUACUUAAAUGAGGGACAGGAUACGAUAUCGUGUUUCAAAGGCUUCCCUCCUGGAACGUACAUCGCCUCGUGGCUUGGACAAUGUACCAUUUGACGCAGAUUGCAGUAGACGAUUCUCGAGACUCUGAACAACCAAAAUUCUAUGGUCGAUACUGUUUUAGGGUCACGAAAUACGAAUUUUCUUGAGAUAGAUGCUUUAACAUUGCGGGUAGCUUCGUCAGACGUUUGAGAGUAUGUGGACUGUCAGUGUUAACUUUGACACCAGUUUGACUAUGCAUGCCAAUAGGUAUGGGCGUUAACUUAAGCAGUCUCAGUAGAAAUGUCCGUGUUAGUAAUACAUUAAUUAUGUAUAUACCGUUAGACAUGUCUUUGGGGGGUUCCAGAUAUUGUUAUAUGACCUGGUAGAAUUAUGAUUUAGGGUUGUAUCACCACUGUAGCUACUAGAACCACUACGUGAUCCAGAAUAUAUCGGGGUGGUAGCUUCAGUAUCAGUACCAAGACAGUAGACACCUGUUCAGAGCUGCUGAAUCCAAUCCAAGAACAUCAGACCGUACUGUCAUUCUAGCACCAGCAUCUCCCCGAUCCUCUAGAAAGCUACCCACAAUGUGAUCACGCCGGAAGUCAGUCCUAAGACAUGUGCAGACAGUAUCGAUCGGCAAAUAGAGACUCGUAGAAGGUGUAGUACUCGAUGAUCAAAGACAGAUCAAUCAGGGUGUGGAUCCCUCCUGUUUCCUUAGACGAACCCUUCGAACGAGGAUCCAGUCUCCCGUGUAUCCUCGUGUGACGUAGCAUAAUAAAGAGAGUUACCAGGUGCGUGUGAGAAACGAAAGUAUGUGUGGAACGUGACACGGUGGUCGAGGACUUCUUGGUCGAUCCGUGAUUAUUAAGUGUCCUCGAAAAGGAUCAUCCUCCUCGUCAACGACUUGAACGCCCCUAAAACGGUCGAUCGCCCGGAAGUUCGACUUAGGAGCCAGCUGUGGCGAAUAUGGACGGUGCUAAACGAACCAGCAGUACAAGGACUGUUCGACAGUGACGUGUGCGUGUUGUUGUUGUGAUCGAUAAUUAAUGUAAUCACGUUCCAGGAA